AUGGCUUACAAGAAAGUGGGACCCCCACCUAAGAACCUCCCUCCCUUGCCGAGGUUAAAGAUAAGAAGACCCACAGUCGCCAAGUCCACCAACCAGUGCUUUGUGCUCAUGUCUUCGUUGUUGAACUGCUGGGCCUCCAACGGUGAAGGUGCCUUGCAAUGCUCCAGUUUCGAGCACGAUUUGAAGAGCUGUAUGGAGGUGCACAAGCCUGACCAAGAGAGAUGGAGUACCAUCAACUACCAUGCCGGAAGAUUGUAUCCUAAGUUGAGAGGAAAGUCGGUUUCAACGGACGUUGAUGACACCGUGUUAUCAAAUGGCAGCACGAAAUCCCAACUUAAUCCCAGGCAAAUGUGGGAAAGUACUCUGCAGCCCCCGAGCAUCAGCAACUCCAAGGCUCCAGCAAAGAAACUGGAUGCCGAUCUCCUUACACAAGCGUUAAAAAACCCUAUUGGAUUUCCGUUCAACGACAGAAUCAACAGAAUUGUAGCGAUAUACAAAGAUUACAGAUGCCUACCAGCCGCAAGUAAAAUAGGACUCGUUGACCUGGAAACCCAGUACCGAAUGGAAAAGGAUGGCCGUUGGAUGGAAUUCGAAUAUCAACUGCUUGUGGACUCCUACAUUUACAGAGAAAUCCCUUCUCUACACCAAGCGAAAGCAUGGAAGAAGAAGAUGGCAUCAGUCCACCCUAAUGUCGUCAUACCAUAUUUAAAUAUUGUUACAGUACCAAGGAAGGAGUAUUGCCACUUCAGAAUUACCCAGAGUUGCAACAACAUCCAUCACUUAGAAAGUUCCAUCAAGGCGUAUAUGAAAAACCAAUUCCAAUCUAAAAAGAAACUUCGCACUUUAUUGGAAGAAGAUCUCGCAUUUACCUCGACGAGACUUACAAGGGCCAUACCAGGCACUAACGAUUGGGCUGACCUCACCCAGAAGAAAGGUGACUUGAAGUCAGAGAUUAGAGACACAGCAAAGUGGACCCACUUCUUUAAUGUAGGUUUUAAUACCCCAGAAGUCAACAUCUUAAACAACACCGUUAAAUUCGGCGUUAUCCCUCUCAACGAUGAUGCAAAAGAAUUUGAUGAGGAAGCGAAAUGGAUCAAGCAACAAUAUGCUAAUGCAAUCAUCCCCGUUGUGGACGAAAAGGGCGAUUCAGUAGAGGACUUACCUUACCGCUUAGAAUAUGAGGAACCACGCGUCAACUACAUGAUCGUGAAAUUCGACAUCUGGAAUCAAAUAUCAAGAAUGUGGAAAGACGUCUUGAUAGACAAACACUUCUUCCAAUCCGAGGAAGAACCAGUCAUCAUAGCUGCAGAACAGAUCACAAGUAGCCACUCUGCGUUUCUACAGGCCUCAGAGUGUAGCGUGGACCGUGACCUGGUCCCGCUACUGCCGUUCGUCAUCGAUGGCGCCUUGGACGAGAAGUCCCAGAAGCUCAAGUUCUUCAUCAACUCCAUGGUCAUAGACCCCACGUUCGAGGGUCCAGACCGCAGAAACACCCUGGCGCCAGAGUACGCCAAGCUCGCCAAGCCUGUCAUUACAGACGUGGAUCCCUCCACAAACAGAUACACCACGUUCCACAUCGAAAUCGACUUUAUGGGCAAAACCUUCAUCAACGAAAACAGGCGUUUCUGCGACAUGGUACUAGUCAAAGACACAGAGGCGUUCGAAAACGGCCCUCGUUUCCAUCCACCCACUCCCGUGGUCAACACGUCCGACGAACGUCCGACUCUCACCAGAGGCAUGUAUCCCAGUGGGUUUUCCCAGAAUAGGACCUACCAGUCAGGCUCUGCUUCCAAGAACAGAAACCACCGAAGAUAUUUGCUCGACUACACGUCAGACUCGGAUGUCGACGGCGAGGGCACUGAAAUCGACGUGAACCAGCCGUCUGGACCUGCCAAUUUGGCCAACUCCAACGCCAGCAUCGAGUACAUUUUCGACGAGCUUGACGGCGUGUUGGAGCACUGUCCGUUGUACGACGGCGACUCCAUCGUCAUGUACUACGAGGCCGACAUUUCACGGCAUUUCCACCGUUUGGGUUCCUACACCGUCAAAUUCUCAGUGGUUUCCAACGACAAAGAUUCCCAGAUGAUCGGAUGCAGUCGAGUCUACGUGACUCCAGUCCAGACAGACACCAUCUCAAGUGCCCUCAUCAUCGGCAUCGUGGUGUUGCUCGUGGUCACAGGCUUCGUCAACGCCUUCACCAUGGUGUACUCGUCGUACCAGGAAUCUUCCAACCCCUGCUUAUUCCAGGCGUCCACCAUCUGCAACGAAAACCUCUUGAAACAGUUGGAUGCAACCGUACCACGCAUUAUUCUCUAUCUCCAAUUUGCACUCUUCAUCGGAGGCCUCGACCUCCAGUACCCUGGCUUCUACCAGCCCCUCAUCGGUGAAAUUCGUUGGUGUGCAUUGUUGGGAUACAACAUCAUCAACAGCAGCAAGGGCAAGAAAGGCGUUCGUCUGGACAACAUCUACCGUACGUUCAAUCUCGGAGGCCUCAAGCGGUUGACUAUCUUGUCGACAGAUCUUUCGGACCACUACAGCUGGGCCAACUUCAUUCUCUGCUUCGUGAUCUGGUUAUUCGUUCAGUGUGCGUUGAUCCAGCUUCUCUUGGGCUUGAAGAAGAUGGUUGACAUCUUGAUCAAAAAAUUCAACAAAAACAAGACAAAAGAGAGUCUCCUCAACGAUCACGCCGACUUCGACUUCACGAUACUGAAAAGCAUUUGUUUCAUGCUUGGCCAUGUGCUAGAGUCAUUUUUGGUGCUCUUUGCUUUGCCUUUCUUGGUGUUGACCACUUCGGUGUUCUACAACUCAGCAAACGUGUAUGGCCGUCAUUUCUACCCAAAUCUCAGGGCCUUGGAAACGAAUGCUUUCAGUGUGACUACCCCAUACCUGACCAUGUUUGAGCCGUACUUGUUGUACUACGAAACCAAAAACUCAAAUCGCACAUUGGGUGACAUUGGAGGCUCGUUGUUCAACCUCACAGACGAAAAUACCAAUAUGACCAUGGCGUUGUUGGUUUCCAAUUAUAACAGUGUCCCUAUUCCAGUGACAGUCUUUGCCAGUCUUCUCUUUGCGUUGUGGCUUGGAUUGGCAAGCUACUUCAUUUUCAACUACCUCAUCAGCUUCAAAAAAUGGGGCAUAAUUGCCAACAAAAAGGUGUCAAGACUUUACACCUCCAUCAAGACUGUGAUGUUGUGGGGAUUCGUCUACCAAACAUACCAUCCAGGGAGGUUGUACUUCAUCAUUAGCACCACUUUGUCCCUCGUGUGUAAGCUGCUUGUCAUUGGUUGCUUGCAGAACAGCGGACUCUUCCAGGUGGCUAUAUUGAUCAUCUUGGAGUUCUUGGAAGUCGCUUCUUUGUUUAUCAUCAGGCCCAACUACGUCAGUUUGCGCAGAGUGUCUGCAGUUUGGAUUUUACCAGUUGCCAGAUUAUUGGUUACAAUUCUUUGUAUCACUUAUGUGAAGGAGUUGGGGUUGAGUGAAUCCGUGAGAACUUAUGUUGCCUAUUCUCAAUUCCUCAUCCAUGUGGUUGUGGCAUUAGUUUUCAUCAUUCAAUUGUGUUACUGCUUCGUCAUAACCAUUCUCUCCAUCAUCAAGACGAACAGGGCCAGAAAACAAUACGCCAAGUACUCGUACAAAAAUGGUAAACCCAACACUUUGGAUGAUUAUCAAAAGGAGUUCGAGUACCAACCAGUUCAGAUCCCAAUAACUCCUGUAGUUGCAACUCCUUUGCCAGACAUGUCAUUGAAAGAUGAAAAAUACAACCAGUUUGCAUAUUCUCAAGCGGGAAAGAAAUAUGGUGGAGGGGUCUUUCAAGAGCACGAAGAUGACGAGGACGACGAAGACUUGUACUACAGAAGUACUAGUCACAAUAACACAGACAAAUCAUGUCUGCCAGGUGCUACAACUAUUUCACAGACCAACGAAGUCGACGAGCAUGAAAUGGCAUCAAUAGGCGCCACCUCUGAUACUCAGUCGUUCAGAAGGUUACAGUACUUUUCCAAUUUGAGAAAACAGAAGAAUGACUACAGAGUUAGGGAAGGCGACUACAUCUACACGAAGUACUUUGUUGACGAUUCAAUUGACCCCGAAAUAAAGGCGUUGUGGGAUUCUAGACAAAAUAGAAAUAAAAACAUCAACCGCCAAUAUCAAAUGCACGCAGGAGGUCAACAUCCAGAUAUGCCUUACAAGAAGCCAGAAUCAGACCCUGGUUUCUUGACAAACCUCAUCACAGUUUUAAAACCAAAACCUAAAGAAAAAGGUUUUCAUGUCUCAAGACCAAGACAAUUGAUAGUCAAGAAAUUGUCAGAGGUGCAUCAGAGUGAGACUGAGAGUGAGAGCAAUGAGAUGGCAGACACUUCUGAAGAUAGCUCAUACUUACAGUUGCAUGAGUCCAAGAUUGAGUCCGAUAUGAGAUGCAGCAAAACUCUUUCCAGUGGCUCCGAACAGCAUGAAGAAUAA